GUAGGAAAUCCGCUUGCGGCGGAUUAUUGUAAUCCGACAGCGGGUCUGGACGACACAUCGGAUCACGACAGAGAGCCAGCGGCCUGUAGCAGCUGCAGCUGUCCGACAAUAACCGGAUAAAGUUAUGAUCUGACGCACUCUGCUCGCUGCUCCUGAACGCAUCAUCGGCGGUGCCCGGGCCGUUUCCUGCGCCGACUGCGUCCCACUGUGAGCGGCGUCCUGCCCCGCGGAGCGACACCUUUCAUCUGUUACUGAACACAUCUCCCCCCUUCCUCCCUUCCUCCCUCCCCCCCUCCCCCCCGGCAGCUUUAACUCCAGCCCGGUUCGGUUCGGUUCGGCUCGGCUCGGCCCGGCUCGGCUCGGCUCGGCUCGGUCUGCGGAGGGAAGCGCUGCCGCUGACACACUGCUAGCUAGCGCGGCUAGCUCACUCCAGCUAGCCAGCUAGCUUGGAAGGAAUUGAUCAAGUUGAGUCAGAAAGUGAAGCAGAGGAUGUCCGUGAAAGAGAACAAACUGUCCACCGUCGAGCGGCCCGUUAAAGCGGUGCCGUAUCCUCCCGGUACCCGUCUGUCUAUCAAAGACCUGUAUGUGGACGGGAGGCCCAGCGUGGAGGUGCUGAAGGCCCAUCUGGUGAAGGAGGGCCGGCUGGAGGAGGAGACUGCCCUACGGAUCAUCAACGAGGGAGCCGCCAUCCUCCGCCAGGAGAAAUGCAUGCUGGAAGUGGAAGCCCCCAUCACAGUGUGUGGAGACGUCCACGGACAGUUCUUUGACCUGAUGAAGCUGUUCGAGGUGGGCGGAUCCCCCAGCAGCACCCGCUACUUGUUCCUGGGAGACUACGUGGACCGAGGGUACUUCAGCAUCGAGUGUGUACUGUACCUGUGGGCUCUGAAGAUCAACCAUCCCAACACCCUCUUCCUCCUCAGAGGCAACCACGAGUGCCGGCACCUCACAGAGUACUUCACCUUCAAACAGGAGUGUAAAAUAAAGUACUCGGAGCGUGUAUAUGAUGCCUGUAUGGAUGCGUUUGACUGCCUGCCUCUGGCUGCUCUCCUCAACCAGCAGUUCCUGUGUGUGCACGGAGGUCUGAGCCCCGAAGUCACCUGCCUGGAUGACAUACGAAAGUUGGACCGGUUUAAGGAACCUCCUGCGUUCGGGCCGAUGUGCGACCUGCUGUGGUCGGACCCGGGCGAGGACUACGGCUCAGAAAAGACCCAGGAACACUUCUGCCACAACAGUGUCAGAGGCUGCUCUUAUUUCUACAGUUACCCAGCAGUAUGUGACUUCCUGAUGAACAAUAACCUGUUGUCUGUAAUACGAGCACAUGAAGCCCAGGAUGCAGGGUAUCGAAUGUACAGGAAAAGUCAGACGACAGGUUUCCCUUCUUUAAUUACAAUCUUCUCUGCUCCUAACUACCUGGACGUGUACAAUAACAAAGCUGCGGUGCUGAAAUAUGAGAAUAAUGUGAUGAACAUCCGGCAGUUUAACUGCUCCCCCCACCCCUACUGGCUGCCCAACUUCAUGGACGUCUUCACCUGGUCUCUGCCCUUCGUUGGAGAGAAAGUGACGGAGAUGCUGGUGAACGUGUUGAACAUCUGCUCUGACGACGAGCUGAUGUCAGAAGGGGACGAUACGUGCGAGGGAGGAACUCCAGCCGUCAGAAAGGAGGUGAUCAGAAAUAAGAUCCGGGCUAUUGGAAAGAUGGCGCGUGUCUUCUCUGUGCUCAGAGAGGAGAACGAGAGCGUGUUACAGCUGAAGGGGCUGACCCCGACGGGAACGCUGCCUCUGGGAGUUUUGUCUGGAGGUCGGCAAACUCUGCAAAGCGCCACCGUAGAGGCAGAAGAGGCACGAGCCAUUCAAGGCUUCAACCCGCAGCACAAGAUCCAGAGCUUCGAGGAGGCUCGAGGUCUGGACCGCAUCAACGAGAGGAUGCCCCCCCGCCGCGACAGCAAGCAACAGGAGGCCGCCCCCUCCCUCAACAACCUGCCGGCCAGCACCGGACCACCGGACAAGAACGGCACCAACGCACAGGCCUAAAAACCCCUUUAUCUCCUCCCUCUUCUUCCUCUCUCUUCCUCCUCUCCUCCCUCCCUUGCUUUCCUUCCCUUGCCUCCUUCCCUUCCCCUCCUCUCUCCUUUAAGAGCAGGAGAAGAGGCAGUUCAGUCCGAGCGACUCUCACCACGCUUAAUUUAUUUUAUCAUCUAUUAAAUAUCAUAGUUUAAGACUGAACAGGAUAAAAUCUCAAAGCGACACGGACUCACUGACGGCGAUCACUGCCCGGCAGAAUCCAUUUUAUAACCCGGAGGCACCUUUCUAUCAGCGCUUUACUUUGUGUGGAGGGAGGAAGUGACGCUGCGCUCGUGCCCACGCACACACACACACACAGAGACACACACACACACACACACACACACACAGACACACACACACACACACACACACAGAGACACACACACACACACACACACACACACACAGAGACACACACACACACACACACACACAGACACACACACACACACACACACACACACACACACACACACACACACAGUAACACACACAGAGACACACACACACACACACAGAGACACACACACAGAGACACACACACACACACACACAAGACACACACACAGUAACACACAGAGACACACACACACACACAGUAACACACACACACACACACACACACACACACAGACGCACACACACACACACACACACAAGACACACACACACACACACAGUAACACACACACACACACACACACACACAGAGACACACACACACACAGACAGAAUCAGAUCGCAUAAAAUCCAUCCUUUCUUAUGCCAAUGAUAGUGUGACUGAGCUCUGAGGAGCGAGUAUUGACAUUUAUAUUAUAUAUGUAUAUUUUAAUUGUUCCCUCUUUUCAAUGUGAUGGGUUAUUUUUUGUUUUUGUUUUUUUUUACAACAUAGAUUUAGGCUUAAUUAUCCAGAGCGGGGGGGGGAGGGAGGGGGGAGGGGCACAGACAGGUGAGGAGAGGAAGAAUUCAUCCUUCCUAAGCCCCGCCCCUUUUACUCUGUGCUCCAAUCACAGUUGAGCAAUCCUCAGUCAACUUCCUCCUUUCCUGUACUUAGAUAUGCUACAUGCUAAGCUAAUGUGUGAUGGUUCAAAGAUAUGUUAGUCACAUCUUUAGCUAAUGUUAACUAGCUUGACAACUGAUAUAAAUUAUCUAGCUAGUUAGCUAGCAUUUUGCUAACAUUAGCUAUGUAGCUAGCUAAUGAUUGCUAAUGUAUUAGCUCAUGUUAGCUAAACUAGCUAACUAGCUUUUUUAAUCUCCAUCAAUCAUUAGUUUAUAUCUUUUAUCUUCCAACUGUGGUUGUACCUCCAACAUAGAUUAGCUUAGCAUGUAGCAUCUCUAAGUACAGGAAGAGCCGUGGUUCUAAAAGGGGCGGGGCUUAGAAAGGCUCCAUUAAAGGGUUCUUCUGCUUUUUAUUACAACUCGGGUCGUCCACUGACUCUCUUCUUCUGCGUGAAGAUUAAACGUAACUGAACCGCGACUUCCGAUCUUUACGUCGGACACAAACCGGUCGUGGUUUCGUGGUUUCGUGUCUUUGGCCGUCGUUUCUAUCGGUUCUGGACGAAUUCUGACGGGUCGUCUCUUUACAGGAAGUGGUCCAACUGAACGGCUCCUGCAGUCGGGUUCUGACCCGUCAGACUUCAACGUGUUCGCAGAUGCUAACUUUUAUUUCCUUUCCACCAACGCGGACCAAGGCUACGCUAGCUGGCUACGUUAUCUGAGCGAUUACCAGCUAAUGCUAACGUAAGCUAACGUUGAAGACGUGAUGAUGGUUAGUUUGCUAAACGGCUAAUAAAUACGUAGCUGGUUGACUAAAGCCCCCCCGACGGAAUCGGGUCGAGACCAGACCGAGUUCUGGUCUGGUGCCGGUUCAGAGUCAACCUGAGAACCGGUUUGCUGUUAGCUGUUGUUACCAAGGUAAUGCUAGCUAGCGCUGUUAGUCAUAGCAUCAAUGUAACGAACACCGAAAACCUUCGUAGCUACGUUAGCCAGCUAGCUCAGUGUAACGUUCGAUACAUUGAUCUUACAAAUUAUUAGCUCGUUAAACGGCUAAUAAACAGCUAAUAAACGGUUA